UCAGUCCUGUUCAGAAGAGCUGGUGUUGUGAUAGAGACUAAUAUUUCAGUGUUUAAUUGGCGUGAUUCCAUCGCGGCAGCUGUUGGACCAAGUAUUUUGUUAUUCCAUUUCUUGAGAGGAAUCUCCCUCAGUUGUAGUCUGUUGUUGCGGCGAUUUGCUUUUAUUUUUUUCUUGCUUUUUGUGUUCUUUGAUGUCGAUCAUUCCUCUCAAGACAAUGUCCUCCCUCCCUCCCCCCCUCCCGACUGUGUCAGUGUUUAGCCUUCUGCUGUGAGCACGUCUCUCUUCUGCUGUGAGCACGUCUCUCCUCAUUUUCAUGUCUCUUCCUGCCACAGCUGUCAUUAAGAGAUUACUAACACACUUGGCGUCUGUGCCCGUUUGAAAUCUUUCUCUCUCCCUUUCUUCCCCUCCCUCCCCCUCUCCCAGCACUGUGUCCUAUUAGCUCUGGCAGUCCUGCUGUCACCUGUCCAUACAGGUAUACUCUCUCGAGUCCCUCAUGCAAAUUCACGCAAACACACACACAGUCUCUGAGACACCUGAGCAGCGAGGCACAUCAACACACAUCAACACACACACACACACACACACAGGUGUGGAUGCCUUUCAGGUGACUGCGUUUCUGAUGCUCCCGCAGGGCAGAUCCGUACAGGCUCCCCCGACCCCAGAUACCUGGGCUUCCGAGUGCUGAGUGUUUCCAGCACUUGACAGUUUUCCCUCCACACACUCCCUGACACACACACACAAACACACACCGGACUCCUCCCCCCCCCCCCCUAACGAAUGUCCCUGAAGAGAAUCCGCCCUGGAGAAAAGCCGUGUCGCAGAUGGUGCUCACCCUGCCGUUCUCCAUCACCAUCCGCUCUGCACGCCUCGCCGUCUACCUCCCGCCCCUCACCCCCGUGCCCAGGGCCCCUCACCCCCGUGCCCAGGGCCCCUCACCCCCUCCCAGGGCCCCUCACCCCCGUGCCCAGGGCCCCUCACCCCCGUGCCCAGGGCCCCUCACCCCCUCCCAGGGCCCCUCACCCCCUCCCAGGGCCCCUCACCCCCGUGCCCAGGGCCCAUCACCCCUUGCCCAGGGCCCCUCACCCAUCACCCCCUCCCAGGGCCCAUCACCCCUUGCCCAGGGCCCCUCACCCAUCACCCCUUGCCCAGGGCCCCUCACCCAUCACCCCCUCCCAGGGCCCAUCGCCCAGGGCCCCUCACCCAUCACCCCUUGCCCAGGGCCCCUCACCCAUCACCCCCUCCCAGGGCCCCUCACCCAUCACCCCCUCCCAGGGCCCAUCACCCCCUUGCCCAGGGCCCAUCACCCCUUGCCCAGGGCCCCUCACCCAUCACCCCCUCCCAGGGCCCAUCACCCCUUGCCCAGGGCCCCUCACCCAUCACCCCCUCCCAGGGCCCCUCACCCAUCACCCCCUCCCAGGGCCCAUCACCCCUUGCCCAGGGCCCCUCACCCAUCACCCCUUGCCCAGGGCCCCUCACCCAUCACCCCCUCCCAGGGCCCAUCACCCCUUGCCCAGGGCCCCUCACCCAUCACCCCUUGCCCAGGGCCCCUCACCCAUCACCCCCUCCCAGGGCCCCUCACCCAUCACCUCCUCCCAGAGGAACCUUACCCCCCCCUUCCACCAAGCGAACCCUCACUCGUCACCCCCCAGCCCAAAGGAACCGCUCCCUCCCCCUGGUCCAGUCAUGUCCUGCCCCCUGCUGUGCCUUACUGAAUACAGCAUAUAUAUAUAUACUGUGCAUCCACAGCUCUACCUCCUGUCUGUUUAGGGGACACCUACACACACACACACACCUACCUACACAAAUACACUCUUACCAGGGGUCACCUACACACACACACACACUCUUACCAGGGGACCCCAUCCAGUCCCCCCCGCCCGGGUCCAGUCCCCCCCGGUUUUCUGCAGUGUGCGAGGUUUGCGUGGCUCCAUUAAUCUGUAAUUCACUUAACAUCGAGACGAGAUAUGAAUCAACGCCCAGGCUAACAAGCCCGCUCUGCCGUCGUCUUGGAGACGCUGACACCGAACAUCUUCCCAACCUGCCGAAUGAUUCCAGGGCUUCCCAGCUCACCUGGUCCUUUUCCUCAUUCUCCUUUUGUUACCUUUACCGCACAGUGUUGCCGGUGCACAUGUGGAGUUGGGCUUUGGCGCUGCAUGUUGUGUAGUCAUGUUGGGCUCAUGUAUACUGUACCAGUGACUCUGUGAGUCUGUGUGGAGGUUGUCCGUGUAGGCAUGUGGGUGUUGGAAAGAAAGCAAGCUCUUGGAUCAGUGUUGGCAUGUCUGAGUUUGAGGAUCCGUGUGUGUGUGUGUGUGUUCCAGCCUGUCACCCAUACCUCAGCCCUGUCUGUAAACGGACACUCCUUUAGCACACCGAUUGUUUUGUAUUGAGAAGCUUUCACCAAGAGCUCUCGACUAACGCCGUCUAAAACGAUAUAUUUUUGUACUGUGCCAAGCAUCGCGGAGGAAAGCAAGGGCCCGCAGUGACGGUUUCACCCCCUCACCCGAAGAGUAUGAAGGCAUCAUGUGACCAUGUUCUAAGAGUAUGAAGGGAUCAUGUGACCAUGUUCUCAGAGUAUGAACGCAUCAUGUGACCAUGUUCUCAGAGUAUGAAGGGAUCAUGUGACCAUGUUCUAAGAGGAUGAAGGGAUCAUGUGACCAUGUUCUCAGAGUAUAAAGGCAUCAUGUGACCAUGUUCUCAGAAUAUGAAGGCAUCAUGUGACCAUGUUCUCAGAGUAUGAAGGCAUCAUGUGACCAUGUUCUCAGAGUAUGAAGGGAUCAUGUGACCAUGUUCUCAGAGGAUGAAGGGAUCAUGUGACCAUGUUAUCUAAGGAUGAAGGGAUCAUGUGACCAUGUUCUCUAAGGAUGAA